UUCAACAAGAUAGAUAAAUUGGUUGUGUUUGAAAGUAAUCAAGAUGGAAAAGGUGAAGGAAGUAGUGGCACUGAGCCCCGUCGUGAUAUUCAGCAAGAGCGGCUGUUGCAUGUCGCAUACGAUUAUGAUCCUGAUACGCGGGUUUGGGGCGAACCCGGUUGUGUACGAGCUUGAUCGUCUCCCGAAUGGAGUGGAGAUGGAGAAGGCAUUGAUUGGAUUGGGGUGUAACCCUAGCGUCCCGGCCGUGUUUGUUGGGAGGAAUUUUAUGGGUGGAUCACAUGAUGUUAUGAGCCUCAAUAUCCAAGGAAAGCUCAAGCCUUUGCUAAUCAAGGCCAAUGCUAUUUGGAUCUAGCUAACCUACCUACACAAACUAAUUAUCACUUUUUCUUCUUCUUUUUUUUUUUUUGGCAACUACAUAGGUAUGUUGAUCGAGUUAAUUGAGAAUAAUAUGCACAACAGCAUUUUAUGAUUA